CUCUCCUGUCUUGCAGGCCAAGGCAUUUCCCCAGUCUCGCUUUCCUUCCCUCUCAGAGCCUUCAAAACCAGAGGGAUCCAGAUCAAGGAGAAACCCUAGAAGGGAAAGAUGAGUCGUGGAACAGGAGCUGGUUACGAUCGCCACAUCACUAUCUUCUCUCCCGAGGGUCGCCUCUAUCAAGUUGAAUAUGCGUUCAAAGCCGUGAAGGCUGCCGGAACAACUUCCAUCGGCGUUCGCGGGACCGACUCCGUCUGUGUGGUGACGCAGAAGAAGGUUCCGGACAAGCUUUUGGAUCAGACGAGCGUUUCCCAUUUGUUUCCCAUCACCAAGUACCUCGGCCUAUUAGCAACAGGCAUGACUGCUGAUGCAAGAUCGUUAGUCCAGCAAGCCAGAAAUGAAGCGGCCGAAUUUCGUUUUAAAUGGGGUUACGAAAUGCCAGUGGAUGUUUUAGCAAAAUGGAUUGCAGACAAAUCGCAAAUUUAUACCCAGCAUGCCUAUAUGAGGCCUCUUGGUGUUGUUGCCAUGGUGCUGGGCAUUGACGAAGAAUUAGGGCCUCAACUCUUCAAAUGUGAUCCAGCUGGACACUAUUUUGGUCACAGGGCCACAAGUGCUGGACUGAAAGAGCAAGAGGCAAUUAACUUUUUGGAAAAGAAAAUGAAGAACAAUCCUGCAUUCUCCUAUGAUGAGACGGUGCAGACUGCCAUAUCAGCUCUUCAAUCUGUCCUUCAGGAAGAUUUCAAGGCUAAUGAAAUUGAGGUUGGAGUAGUGAGGAAGGAGAAUCCCAUUUUCAGAGUUUUGUCCACUGAAGAGAUCGAUGAGCAUCUGACUGCCAUUAGUGAGCGCGACUGAUUCCUGCUUUCACCCAUGAUAUUGAGGUUUUUACUCGCAGGAGUGCUACUUCAGGAGCCUUGCCGGGUACCGUUGUCCUUGCCACUGUAUUGAGAAACUUUGGCCGCACGCUUAAUUGAGGGGUGGUUUCUAGUUGUCAUUUCCAAAUAUUUGAUUUUUCUUGGCUCAUAUUAUCUGUUAGUACCUUAAUUUUGUUUUGCUGGUUAAAAGCACAUGCAGCUUCUUGGACUCCUUAGAAAAUCUUGACUGAUCCUUUUAAUAUCAAAGCAUGAGAAUCAAAGGCCA